CGGGCGGCUCCAGGCUUCCUCUCCACCUGCCGCCGGCUCGCGCAGCGGGCCACUGGCGGGGCUGGCGCCCGGCCAGACCCAUGGCGGCGUCCGCGGCCCUGUCUGCGGCGGCGGCGGCGGCAGCCCUGUCCGGCCUGGCCGUGCGACUGUCGCGCUCGGCCGCGGCGCGCGGCUCCUACAGCGCCUUCUGCAAGGGGCUCACGCGCACGCUGCUCACCUUCUUCGACCUGGCCUGGCGGCUGCGCAUGAACUUCCCCUACGUCUACGUCUUGGCCUCGGUGAUGCUCAACGUGCGCCUGCAGGUGCGGAUCGAGUGAGCGCCCGCCGCCACCGCCGCCGCCCGGCCACGACAGCAGGGGCGCUGGCAUGAGGGACGGCGGGGCCAGGGGCCACCUAGACGGGCGGGAAGGAGUCGAGACCGCUCGGGCCCCCGAGCCUUAGACCUCCGCGGAGGACACGGCCACCGAGCUCGGACCUGGCCGUGACCCGCCCACCCACGUCGCGGCUGGAGACGCGGCGCACAGAAACCCGCGAAACGGGCCCUUUGCGUUGGCCUCGACCUGUUGCCUCCCCUUGGCCGAAGAGGAAAGCAGAAGGAAGACAUUCUUCAGCCGGAAAGUGAAAGACUGGCCCGGACCCAAAAGGACCUGGUGUUACAGGAGGUGACCCGCUCCUUCUCUGGUCUCCUCAGGGAGGCAAGGUGGGCCCAGAGCUGCCUGGGGAGCAGCCAAGAGAAGGGCCCAACCCAGGAGGAGAGGAAGGGCCUUCCAGGCAGAGACCCUGAGGGCUGGGCUGGCCCAGUGGUCUGGUUCUGGCGAGAGGAAGGAAGGACGGACCUAGGACGCUGUGGGGGAGCUCUGUCCUCCUCACCCACUGACUGGGGACACUGGGGCUCCCGGAGGGGGGAUUGGCCCUUGUCACACAGAUAAGAAGCAGUGGAGCUGAAUCUGCCUUUGGCCUGCACCCCCACCCCACCCCAGAGUCUUCCGGAAGACCUGGCACUGUGGGAUGGGGGAGGGGAGCCCAGGCUCCCUGGGGACUCGGGGGGAGGGCAUGGAAGGUGGGAAACUAGCUCUCCUUGGGGUGUGUGGGAGGUCACAGGGAAGACCAGGGGACAGUCUGAGCUGAGAGGGGCCCGGGAGAGACGGGUCCCAGAAGCCCCUGGGGGCCGAGGGCCUCUCCCACAGAGCCGGGCCUCCCCCCCUCCCCAGGCUUGACCCAGGGCCGCUCAGGUGAUGAGGACAAGCCUGUCCAUUUGGGGGACAGGGUGGGGAGGCUGGGGGUGUUGGGUGGCUCCGGAGACAUGAUGUGACCGGGGUGGGGGAAGGCUGAGCCUGGGUGGGAUGGGGCCGAGAGCCACGCGUGACCCCCGCUCCAUGUCCCCAGGCUGGCCCACCUGCCCAGGAUCGCCUGGGAGAAUCUCCGCUAGCGGGGCUCCCGUGGUCCUGGAGGCCCGGCCAUGCUGUUGACUGGCACCCCGGGAGCGGCGCAGAGGGGGAGCCGGGAGAGCCCCUGGUCCUCCCCCCACCCCCCAGUCCCACGCCUGUCCCCGCACCGGUUGCUCGUGGUCCACGUCCUCAGAGUUCCUGGGACUGAAAACCUCAGCCUGGUCGCCCCAGGGACGGGGUGGCCGAGCCUCACGCCAUCUGCCCUCCUCAGCCACCCAGCUGGAGCCCGGGUCCCGGGUCCCGGGUCCCAAGUGAAGAUCUCUGCCGGCCUCACUGGGGCCUGAGGCCACCUGUAGCCCCCCCUCCCCCCACAGACUGUCACAGAGCGGGCCCGAUGGCUUCCUGCCUUGGGCCAAGUUGCCUGGGAGCCCCUGGUCCUGGUGGCCACUCCUCCACCCCAAGCUCGCCCACCCGGGGCCACUUCUGGGAGCCUGAGGACUGCGUCCGUGGAUCUCUGGGACAGCCUCCGAGAGACGGUGCCGCAGGGCUGCAUGGAAGGUGAAGAGCCGAGGCUGAGGGGCCCCUUGGGGCUGAUAACGCGGAUGUGGCCCUUUCAAGUCCAGGUCUCACCCUCUGGGGGUUCGAUCCCCAGCUCCAGCCUCUUCCCGGGCCAGCCAGGCGGGGCGGACGGAGGGCCUGAGAAGGGCCCGGGGCAGGCUCUUCCCUGAACGAGGCUGGGAGUUGGAGGGUGGCUCCGGCUGGGGCUUCUGGGCGCAAAGGGAUUGGCCGUGGAUGGGGCCCGGGGGCACGUCCUUAGCUUGUGUUCCUGCCCCUGCUUUUCUUACCAGCCUGGCCUUGCGUCGUCGUUAGCCGCUUCUGCCCUCCCACCUCUGCCUUGUCACCCGCGCGGGGCUCUUGCUGCUUGAAGGGCUCCCAAUGCACUUUAUUUAUUUGCAGUCUGUUUUUCAGGCAGCGGAGCGUCUAGAAAGUCGGGCAUCGCCUUGAGUCAGACGACUUUCACUUUUCUGUGUGUGCCGAACUCCGCACCGGUCAGCACAGUCUGGUCAGAGCAACGCUCUUGUGUCUGGUGUCGUCAAAUCUUGGCGUCUGUCGAAGAUACGAAAAAAGCCCCAUGAGUUCAAUAAAAUGAAAAGCAAUC